CCCAUGUGACCGGCUCAGACCGGUUCUGGAGACAAAAGGGGCCGCAGCGGUCUUGGCGGACCGUAGCUGUAGCGGGAGGGAGAGAAGCAUCCACCGACAGUGAGCGAGAUGCAGCGCCGAGGCGUCUUCCUUCUAGCCCUUCUUGCCCUCCUGGCGCUCACGUCCGCCGUGGCCAAAAAGAAAGACAAGGUGAAGAAGGGCAGCCUGGGGAGCGAGUGUUCGGAGUGGACCUGGGGACCCUGCAUCCCCAGCAGCAAAGACUGCGGCAUGGGUUUCCGCGAGGGUGCCUGCGGAGCCCAGACCCAGCGCAUCCAUUGCAAGGUGCCCUGCAACUGGAAGAAGGAAUUUGGAGCCGACUGCAAGUACAAGUUUGAGAACUGGGGGUCGUGUGAUGGAGGCACCGGCACCAGAGCGCGCCAAGGGACCCUGAAGAAGGCUCGCUACAAUGCCCAGUGCCAGGAGACCAUCCGCGUGACCAAGCCCUGCACCUCCAAGACCAAGUUGAAGACCAAAGCCAAGAAAGGGAAAGGAAAAGACUGAUCUCAGGAUGCUGGAGAGCCUCUGGCCUACCUGGGUCCCUGAAGGAGGCUUCUCUCCCACGGACCCAAAAUAGAACCCACCAGUGCCUUUUGUCUUCCACAGCCUUGUCAAUCACGCCCUGAGCUGCCUUCUCACCCCACACCAAGUGCCCAAAGCGGGGAGGGACAAGCACAAGGGAUUCUGGGAAGCUUGAACCUCCCCAGAGGGAUCUGAUUCCCAGCACCCCAUUUUGUUCUCCCCACCCUGUUAUGUUAAGAAAUGAAUAAAAAAAACUCACAUUUUUUCUCCAA